AUGAAGAGCAUCCUGAAGGACAGAACUCCAAAAGUGAAUCUGGAGAUGCAGAGUCACUCUAUUGGGGCAGUACGCUGGACGCUACCUGAGGAAGAUGUUCAGGCCCACAGUUCUGCUCCUAGCAGCCCCUUCAAGAACAGUAGUGCUUUCUCCACACGUUCACAGCAAAGGCAACGUCAGCAGGGCCUGAAGGACCUCCGCAGCUUGCAAGAGUGCAUCAGAUUCAUCAACCAUUGGAAGGAACAGGUGGCACAAGUUUGCAAGACGGGCAAUGAUGCCGGUGAAGGGUGCAGCAGAUGGACAGAACAGCAGACACACCCCAAAACUGAACGUAGUCUUCAAGAGAGCCGCAAGCUUAUUCUACUGUGGGCCACUGAACUUAAAAGUGUAGACAAGUUGUCUAAAGAUCAUCCAUGGAUGAAGAAGAGGUUAGAUCAAGAAAAGGAAGACACAAAGCAGGAUAAGGAUCAGAAUGAGGUGGUGGAGAAGAGAAUCAUGGAGUGGGCCAAAGAGCUACAGAGUGUGUCUGAGAGCUGUGGAAUAUUGGGAGAUGAGCUUGGACAGAUGUUGCAUCUCAUGGGACUGAGGAAGAAGAGGUUGGUUUCUCUCAUGCCACUGAUGGAGUUCAUCACUUGGAGCUUGCUGAAAGAGGACAGUAAGGGCAUGGUUCCUCAUCUAUGGCUUUCAGCUAAGCAGCGCACCUGGAAAGCCGGCAUGCCACGAUACAUCCCUAAUUCAGUCUGGAGCUGGAUUGUCAGUGCAGCAGCUGAUGUAACUCUUGAUCCCAUGACUAACCACCCCUGGCUGCAACUCUCUGAUGACCAGAAGAAGGUCCAGGAGUGCCUAAAAGAAGCUGAUCUGCCCUUUAGCCCUCAGCGCUUUGAUGGCUGGCCUUGCGUCCUAGGCUGGGAAGGCUACAUAAAUGGCCGCCAUUACUGGGAGAUGGAAUUUGCAAACAAUGGUUACUGGAAAGUGGGGGUGACAACUGGUUCCUCAAAGAGGCAUGGCCGCUUUCCAAUGAAUCCCUCGAAUGGUUAUUGGGUCCUGUGGCGCAGCACACGGCAGUUCUUUGCAUGCACCAACCCCGAAACGGCCCUGCCACUUACACUAGUGCCCCGUAAGAUGGGGAUCUACAUUGAUUAUGAGGACGGACAGAUUUCUUUCUACAACGCAGAGAACAAAUCUCACAUCUACACCUUCACAGGACACUUUAAUGAGAAAUUGUACCCUUUCUUUGCCCCACUUGAUGGCAGGACCCUUAUGACCAUAUGGUCUCCUAAUGAACUCGCUAAAUUUGAACAACAUGGCUGAUUUAAAGAUUUCUGUGCUGCUGUUUGAACAUCUAUACCCGAUUCAUAUAAAUGAUCCCUAAGCACCACGUUUAUUGUCAGGUUUUUUGUUUGUGUGUGUAUUUUUUGUGCGUGCCUUUGUGUUAGCAGUAUUUUGCUCUUAAAUCUCUAACAUUCUCUUUUUGUGUACAUAUUCCAAAACUAAAGAGCAACUACUAACACAAUUCCUGAAACAGACCUUUUAAUUCAGAGAAUUCAACCCAAUGGUGGGCUGGACCCACCUGAUGAAUGCUAUUAAAAACAUACUUUUUAGCACCUUCAUUCAGUCUGAUUGAAAUGCAUCAUCAACAUGAUUGCUCUAUCCACGUAUCUAGAUGUUCUAGAUCUGUCUUUCUGUUUCUCUCCAUUUAUAUAAAGUAUUUAUGCAUGUUUUAUGUGGCUAAAUGAUUAUGUGCAUGUA